UCAUUGACACUGGUUUACAGUACGAACAAAAGAAGAAGACCAAUCAAAACGGGGAAGGCACUAUAAAUUUUAGUGUACAGUCAAUGAUCAUAACCCGAAUAACUGACUCUGACUCUGACUCUGACACACUGUUUGCACGGGAGCGAUGGAAAACAAGAAUAGAAAGGGUAUCUUGGAGCGCCUGAAUGCUGGGGAGGUGGUUGUAGGAGAUGGAGGCUACGUUUUGCAGCUGGAGCGACGUGGCUACGUGAAGGCGGGACACUGGACACCAGAGGCUGCGGUUGAACAUCCCGAAGCAGUGAGGCAGCUCCACAGAGAGUUCCUGAGAGCGGGAGCCAAUGUGCUCCAGACGUUCACCUUCUACUGCAGCGAGGAUAAACUGGAGAUCAGUGGCAACGUCACCGACAUCACCGGUGCACAGAUCAACGACGCGGCCUGUGACCUGGCCAGAGAAGUAGCCAAUGAGGGUGGUGCACUAGUUGCUGGUUGUGUGUCAAAGACUCCAUGUUACGUGGAGACCCACAGCGAGACUGAUGUCAAGGCCAUCUUUAAGAAACAAAUGAAUGACUUCCUCAAAAAGGACAUUGAUUUCUUUAUUGCCGAGUUCUUCGACUAUGUGGAAGAGGCCACAUGGGCAGUGAAUGUGCUGAAAACCAGCGGUAAAACAGUGGGUGCAACACUUUGCAUCUCCCCUCACGGAGACAGACAAGGAAUCCCACCUGGAGAGUGUGCUGUCAAACUCGUCCAAGCUGGAGCUGACAUUGUUGGAGUGAACUGUCACCUGGACCCUCUGACCUGCGUCCAUACAGUCAAGUUGAUGAAAGAGGGAUUAGAGAAAGCUGGUCUCAAGGCCCAUCUCAUGGUCCAGCCACUGGGCUUCCACACGCCAGAGUGCAACAUAAGUGGAUACACCAGCCUUCCUGAGUAUCCCUUUGCACUGGAGACGAGAUCAGUGACCCGCUGGGACAUCCAUAAAUACGCCAGAGAGGCGUACAAAGCAGGAAUACGCUACAUUGGUGGCUGCUGUGGUUUUGAGUCAUACCACAUCAGAGCUAUAGCCGAAGAGCUCGCUGCAGAGAGGGGAUUCCUCCCACCAGCUUCACAGAAGCACGGACUCUGGGGAGCUGGUCUGGAGAUGCACACUAAACCCUGGGUCAGAGCCAGGGCCUGUCGAGAGUACUGGGAAAACCUCCUGCCUGCUUCUGGACGCCCCAAAUGUCCUUCCAUGGCAACACCAGGAGACGAGUGAACAGCCAGAGCUCAGCUAACAAGCAUAAUCACUUUAGGUCCCUAUUUCCAGAGAUCUGUAAUUGUAUGAACCACACAUAAAACUACCAGCACACACUGAUUGUUGUAAUCUUAUUUUUCUUUAAUAAUCUAAUGUCGCAUUAACUAUCACUGCUCUAUCGAUUACUGUAGAGGUUUGUAAGAUUUUUCUGAUUUAGUUUCAAUUAGAUUGAUUUAGAUUGGAGCAUGUGCAAGGUUUAAACAUGAAUAAAUAAGAAAACAGAAACUAAGACAGUAAUGUUGUCUAGAUGUUGAUGUAUGUUCACAAACUGUUUAUAUCUUGUAAAUGGUUAAAUGUGUCAAAUUUUGUGGCCUUUGUAAUUCCUCUGUUAUGUUUGGAUAAUCUUCAGAAGUCCUUCCUGCCGUGGGUUUGAGACACACAAAAUCUGGUAAAUCUGUGACUUAAAAUAAAAUCCGAACAAAUGCAGAAUUUGCAGAACAAAUUCCCCAAAAUGGUUUGACUGAAAGUACUUAACGAUUAAUAAUCAACAUAAAAUUACUGAUUACAGUCGAAGAUUAAAAGUCUCAGAACGCAGGUAUUGUUUACUAGUACAUUAGUGAGGUCAUGUAAGGUGUCUGUUCAGUGUCUAUCGAAUAACCCACAGCGCCACCUGUAGGGUGUCAACAAGAAGACGGGGUUGUUUGUUUUGAAAAGUCAAGUUGAUUCCUGUCGGCAAUUACCUAAGGUACAUCAGUAAGGACAGCGAGAACAUGUGGAUCAUUUCAGAACUGUAAUCCCCAGUCAGAUAUUAAAGCACAGAACACCGAGGUACGAAAUGUGAUGAAUGGAUUAAUUUUCCAUAUAUUCUGCAAGACUGAAUUUAUGACUUGUCAAAGAUUACGGCUUAUUUUAUUGCACUUUUAUGUAUUAUGUAUGAAUCGUAUCACAAAGGAUGUGUAACUUUACCCGUGCCAUUAUGCCGUGGGAGUCAUGUCAAAAAUGAGAUGAAUUAAAGUUCUAAUAAAGA